AAGAAAGAGCUUCUGGUGUAACAUUAGAAAUUCGUAUGCGCCAGUCAAAACUAAACUUUAUUAGUCUCUAGCUUAUCGACAAGGAUUUCCAAAGAGAUACUUGCUGCUUAACGCCAUUUCGCAUCGACCAAAGCAGUAAUCAACAACCUUUACUCUGCCCCUACCGUACAGUGCUCCAAACAUCCAAACAUCCAAACAUCAAAUCAUCAAAUCAUCAAAUCAUCAAAACAUCAAAACAUCAAUCGACCGUAAACAAACACCGCCACAUAAUCCCGUCCGAUUUCCACAACGGUACCAUAAUACACGACCCGGGCCAGCACUAUCCUCACUCUCGCAAACUCCAAAACCCUAAAUACCCCACACCUCACCUCGCAACCACCAUGUCCGCCGCACCAUCUACGGGCGCCCCCGUCCCAACCGCAAAGGCCGUCAGCACCGACAAAUCCGCCGAUGCGGCGAAAGAUCAAAAGGCCGCUACUACAUUAGAAGAAGAUGAUGAAUUUGAGGAUUUUCCCGUUGAGAGUAGGUUUUAUUUUCUAUCUUGUGCGUGGGUGUUGGUAUUAGCAUGUUGGCAUUGGAGGAGCUGCGUUUCAUGGCUGGCGCGAACUUCUAAGUGAUGACUCCAGCUUGGUCAUGCACGGAAGCGAGCUGUAGAAAGAUUCACUGCUGAUGAGGAGCAUUGUCGUUAUGGUAUGAGGGACUUUGGAGUUGUGGUCCUGGGUAUGGAUGAUGGAUGAUGAGGGGAGAGCCAGCGCUAUGAGCUUUCUGAGCUUUAUCUGCGGGAUGCAGCGCAACAGAGUCAAACUGGAGACUGAGAAAAUGUUUCUUCGCAUUCUCGAGCUUUCCCGCACGUCCAUUUCCACUAACACAGAAGCUUUCAUGCAAGAGCAAGAUCAGAACAAAAGCUAACGUCCCCCCUCUAGACUGGAGCCAAGAAGAUACAGAAGUACCCGGCGACAACACACAUUUGUGGGAAGAGAGCUGGGAUGACGAUGAUACAUCGGAGGAUUUCUCAGCACAAUUGAAGUAUGUAUUGCCAUGCCCUCCCUCUCACAAGCUAUUGCGUCGAUUUCCACACUGUUUUCCAUCAUUUUCCAACACUCGCAUACUGUAUAAAUACUAACCACCCUUCAUUUACAGGGAAGAAUUGAAGAAAGUCGAAGCAAACAAGAAGAGAUGAUCGGGGCAUAUGUUGUUAGUCGGAUGAUAUACAUUCAAUCAGGAGUUUAUGGGCAUAACAUCAUAUCACAUGCAGCAUAUUGCAUAUCGCAGUACAAAUUACUAGAACAUGAUAGGCAUUCAAUGGAGAUGAUCAUGAUUUGCAAUUCUC